AUGCCUCCCCGUUCCCUCAUUACCCUUUCCCUCCCCCUCCUUCUCGCUAGCACAUCCUACGCCCUCGAAACAUGCCCCACCCCCGAAACCACCUACACAUCCCCCACCGGCUCCCUCUACACCAUCUGCGCCUCCACCGACCUCACCGGCCCCACAGUCCAAGUCGUCCCCGCCAUCGCCUCCGUCCCCGCCUGCGCCGCCCGCUGCGACACCGACGGCCGCUGCCUUCAAGCCGUCUACGACACGCAGACCCGGGACUGCCACAUCAAAGCCAAGACCGGGCUCAACUGGGUCAACAACUCUCGCUUCGCCGUAAUCCGCCUCAACAACGCCCUGCGGGAAGGAACCGUAAUCUCCAAAUGUCCCUUCACAACAACCACCUACACCUCCCCCUCCGGAACGCAGUAUCAAAUCUGUCCAGAUACGGACUACCGCGGCGGGUCCACUCAGCAGAUUACCGGUAUUACUACGCAGGCGGCGUGUGCGCAGCGGUGUGGGGGAAUUGCCGGGUGUUCGAAGGCUGUGUGGGAUUCUGUCGGGAAUGUGUGCCAUAUCAAAAAUGUUGCAAAUGAGGCUACGCAGAUUUGGGCGCUGAAUAAGCAGUUUGAUGUUAUUCAGACGGUGGCGACGUUUAAUGUUGCUACGCAGGGGAGUUGGACGGAUUUUGUGAGGUUGCCGGUUAUUCCGGUGGCGGCGUAUGUGGUGCCGGAGGUGCCUGAGUCCUCCAGACUUCUCAUGUUCUCGGCAUGGGGUCGAGAUACUUUCGGUGGGGAUCCGGGCUAUACGCAGUUCACAGACUACAACUUCAAGACUGGAGCGGUAUCGCAACGAACAGUGUCCAACACGCAGCAUGACAUGUUCUGCCCCGGCAUCAGUGCCCUGGAAGAUGGUCGGAUCAUGAUCACAGGAGGCUCCAGCGCAGCAGUGACCAGUUUCUACAACCCAAGUUCAAAUUCGUUCACCAGAGGUCCCGAUAUGAAGAUCGCGCGUGGCUAUCAAACUUCUGCUACCUUGUCCGACGGGCGAGUCUUCACCAUCGGCGGAUCGUACUCUGGUCCCCGAGGUGGUAAGAACGGAGAGGUGUACAAUCCAAGUUCCAACAAUUGGACUCUUCUCACUGGCGCCGAUGUGACGCCCAUGCUCACGACCGAUAACGAAGGCAAUUGGCGGACUGAUAACCAUGCCUGGCUCUUUGGCUGGAAGAAUGGAUUCGUUUUCCAAGCAGGCCCGAGUCCGAGGCAGAACUGGUAUGGUACUUCUGGAUCCGGGUCUGUCAGGCAAGCUGGAACUCGCCCCGGUGCAGACGACGCCAUGUGUGGUGUCAAUGUGAUGUACGAUGUGACCGGUGGCGUAGGGAAGAUCUUAUCAGCAGGUGGUAGCACGGACUACACCAACUCGCCAGCCACGGCUAUGGCGCACAUCACCACGAUUGGCGAGUCGAAUGCAGCUUCUUCCAUCGAGCGUGUCGCAGAUAUGGCGUGGCCACGGGGAUUUGCCAAUGCAGUCGUCCUCCCAGACGGCAAGACACUCGUCACGGGAGGACAGAAGAGGUCGCUGGUAUUCACCGAUACCGACGGCAUCAUCACACCAGAACUGUUCAACCCAGCAACGAAGACCUGGGCCAAGAUGGCACCAGAAGCGGUACCGCGCAACUACCACGCCGCAUCAAUCCUCCUACCCGACGGCAGAGUCUGGAGCGGCGGAGGUGGCCUUUGCUAUACCGGUGGUCCAGCAAACUCAGAUGCUGGCUGCAACAAGCAAGUCGACCACGCUGAUGGACAAAUAUUCAGUCCUCCGUAUCUGUUUACCAGCAGUGGCGCGGCUGCAACACGUCCGGUUAUCAAUGCAGUCUCAAGCACGUCACCGAGGGUCGGCAGUACCAUCAGUGUGACGAUGAGCAAUAGCGAUGCAGCCACCUUUGCAUUGUUGCGGAUUGGAAGUGUGACGCAUUCGAUCAAUAGCGACCAGAGGAGAGUUCCGGUGGCGGCGACGAGGAGUGGGUCGACUUUCAGUAUGACGCUGCCGAGUGAUAGUGGGAUUCUGAUACCGGGGCAUUACUAUUUGUUUGCGUUGAGUAGCUCUGGAGUGCCAUCGGUGGCCAGGACUGUGAGGGUGACUUUGUAG